AUGCGCGCCCUGCCGCUCAUCACGGAGGAGGACGGCAAGUACGUCGUCUGCCAGGAGGCCGUGGACCUCCUCGAGACGAUCCCCGCGCCCGUGGCCGUCGUGUCCAUCGCGGGCCUGUGGCGGACGGGCAAGUCCUACCUGCUGAACCACUUCAGCGGCGCGAACUGCGAGGGCGCCGGCGGCGGCUUCACCGUGGGCGCGACGGUGAACGCGUGCACGAAAGGACUCUGGCUCUGGGGCACGCCCGUCAAGCUCCCGGACGGGCUCACGGUGCUCUUCGUGGAUACGGAGGGCCUGGGCUCGACGAGCCGCACGCAGACGGAGGACUCGCAGAUCUUCUCGCUCGCGCUGCUGCUGAGCUCGCUCUUCGUCUGGAACUCGCGCGGCGUCAUCGACGGCAACGCGCUCGAGGACUUCGCGCUCGUCGUCAACCUGACGAAGCACAUCCACGUGCGCUCCGGCGCCGCGGACAAGGCGAUCUCGCGCGCCGACGACGGCGACGAGGCCGCGAAGAAGACCUUCCACUUCCCGGCGUUCAUGUGGGUCGUGCGCGAUUUUACGUUAAGGCUCGAGGACGGCGGCCGCAAGAUCAACGACCGCCAGUACCUGGAGAACGCGCUGAAGCCCCAGCAGUCCUUCACGUCCGAGGCCGCGAGCCGGAACCAGAUCCGGACGCUGCUGUCGUCCUUCUUCCGCGAGCGCGACUGCUGCACGCUCGUCCGCCCCGCGGAGGACGAGGCGACGCUGCGCAACCUGAGCAACGUGCCCCUCGGCGAGCUCCGGCCCGAGUUCCAGACGGGUUUAGCGGCGCUGAAGACGAAGGUCUUCGCGUCGAUGCGCGCCAAGGCCGUCAACGGG